AUGUCGCGGUCGCCGCCGCCGCCCGAUGGCGCCGCGCCGACGCGGGACGACGUCGACUACGACGACCCGGACGUCGUGUACGACGACGCCACGGCGCGUGACGCGCUGCGAUUGUUCGUGAAGCGCGCGCUGGACGAACACCGCGAGGGAGGGAACCGAUCGAGGUACUACGAGCUGCUGGACGCGACGCGCGGCGGCGACGAGGGAGAAGACGACGGCGCGGUGGCGCUCAUGGACGCGCUGGGAUCGUGCGUGACGCUGAUAGACGCGCGAGCGCACGAACAGUUGGUGGAUAGAGCGCUGGUGGGGGUGGAUCUGUGGCGGUGCGGAGAAAAGAUGCGAGAGGCGGCGCUGAGGUUCGGGACGCAGUUGGUGUGCGCGCAGGGCGGGGCGUUUAGCGGCGGCGUGGUGGGAAAGUUGGUGGAUUCGUUCAACGAUCCGUCGGGUUCGGCGUGGUGGCGCGAUGACGGCGAUGGUGAUGGAACGGCGAUGCGCGAGGGCGAAGGGACGAUCGGGCGAAGGGUCGUGGGUGAUUUGACGCGCGCGCUCGGGAACAUUUUGAGGUUGGUGCCGCAGAGCGAACGGGCGGCGCGUAAGGCGUUGCGGGCGGGCGUGCCGCAUAAGACGGCGCCGAAGGAUGUGCAGAUCGGGUUCAUGCGCGCGGCGUUUGCGCUGGUCGAGAGCGAGGACGGCGCCGGAUUGCGAGAUGAUUUCCUAAAAGUCGUCGUCGCGCACUUGUUGGAGGUGGACGUCGAAAUCAAGUGGGACGACGUCAUGAGCGGCGCGGAUAGAACGAGCGCUGAUCGCGGGGCGGCGAGGGAAGAAGAGGAAGACGACGCGAUAUUUGAGUUGGAUGAUAUCGAGAAGACGAUCGAGGAGCAGUGUCGAGCGGAGUGGGAACAGAGACCCACGACGUCGGCGCCGCUGGCGGUGGACGAGGCGGCGGAUACCUUGGACGGAUUAAUGGAGCUCGCCGUGGCGCACAUCGAUAAGCGUUGUGACGGCGGGGAGACUGAUGCUGUUCGACAAGCUCUGAUACACGCGUUUACCGUCACGCUGCUUCCCGCGCCGCGCUCAAAGUUUGUGCAAUUUUUAGUAUUUCAUUUGUGCUCGAGGGACGAGAGGGCUUGUCGAGAGCUGACGGAGCUGUUGUUCACGAAGCUCACGGACGUUUCGGUGGCGGGAUCGAUUCGACUCGCCGCUGCGGCGUAUUUCGCUUCUUUCUUAGCUCGCGCGAAACAUCUCAAACCAGAGUUUGUGUGCGAAUUACUCAGACGUUUGGUGGAUUGGUGUCUCGUACACGUCAAGCAGCGGACAACGCCCGGAAGCGCUGCGUUGAGCGGGGCGACGGAGAAGACGAAAGUAGGCAUGCCGCCACCCGUACCGCAGCAGACGCUCGCCGUAUUCGACAGCGCGUGCCAAGCGGCGAUGUACGUUUUGUGCUAUCGAGCUGAGGACAUUAUGCGCGCCGAAGGUUCGUCGGCGAUGACGUUGCGGUCGUUGCCGUUGUGUGAGGUUUUGUACUCGCAUCUGCGACCUCUUUCGACGUGUUUACCCUCGGUCGUGACCGAGUUUCUUCACCGAGCGGUCGGAGCGAGUAUGAAUGGGUUCACGCACGUCUUACUGAAGGAGCACAUGGACCGCAUAGCGACCGGACGUGAGACAGACGUGUCCUCAAACAUGCCGCUCUCUCGGCAAAACUCGAUGGAGUUUACGAGCACGCAAGUCGCGUCGACGACGAGAAAUCGUUUUCCGCUUCGCAUGUUCUUUCCAUUCGAUCCGUAUUUGCUUCGACGCAGUGCGGAACUGCUUCAUUUAUCCGAUACGUACGUGUUCUGGCACGGGAGCGAGGUCGAUCGUCUCAUCGAUAGCGACGACGAGGACCUGCAGCUUUCGAGCGAUUCCGACGAUUCUGGCGACGAUGACGAUGACGACGACGACGCGAUGGAGUCGGUGAGUCGAUCGAGUGUGAGCGAUCAAGCUCGUAGCUUUGGCGUCGGAUCUUUGAACACGCGCCCGAGAAAGAAGGUUUUCCGAGGCUUACGUCAACCUAGGCCUUUGUUCGGCCGAUCGUACCAGGAUGGUUCGCCGAACUCGCCUGGCGGGGCGAGUGGGCCAUCGCCUUCGCCCGGAUCGGCGAAUGGUUUCGCCGCGAUGGCUGCCAGAUUUCGAAAAGUAGGACCGGAUAACAUUUCACCGCAAUUCGGCGCGCCGCUCGCUCGAGCCAGUGGUGCGUCGCCGCGAGAGCGCAUCACCGCCUUUCGGGUGGAAGACGAAGACGAUUGA